CUAACCGUGAUGGAUUCUCUGGACUUACUUAACCCUUACCUGUUUAGACACAACGGGAAGUUCUUUUUCAUAAAGGAGGGGUUAAAUCCCAAAGACCUUGAUGAUCUCCUAGAUUUGGAUGUCCGACCAACUGAUAUCUAUCUGGCUUCAUACCCAAAAUCAGGCACCACAUGGAUGCAGCAGAUUCUUCUGAAGAUCGUGGAUGCUGCACAUCCUGACCAGGUGGAAGAUGGCACCAAUAGGGAGCGUUGCCCCAUGCUGGAGGGAGACACCAGCUCCAGCUGUCGUCGAGAAAGGCCAGAUCCCCGGCUUUGCCGCACACACCUCCCCCCUUACAUGUUGCCCCAUGGAGUGCAGACAAAGGGAGCCAAGGUUGUGUAUGUGAUGAGGAACCCAAAAGACGUCCUGGUGUCCUACUAUCACUUUUCCCAAGGUUUAUCCUUGAUGGAACCACCAAAGAGCUUUGACCAUUUCUUUCAGGACUUCGUUGAAGGCAAAGUUCCCUGGGGCUCGUGGUUUGAACAUGUGAGAGAAUUUUACAGUGAAAAAGACCAGAUGAAUAUCCAUUUCGUCAUGUACGAGGACAUGUUGAAGGACCUCAGAGCAGAAGUUGUGAAGCUUUGUGCUUUUCUAGAAAAAGAUUUGACGGAUGAAGCCAUCAGUGAUGUUGUGGAGAGUUCUAUCUUUAAAAACAUGAAGAAGAACCCCAAGGCAAACUACAAGGACUUAGUUGCAAAUGAACGCUACACAAAGAUUACCAUGCGCAAAGGUGUGGCAGGUGACUGGAAGAACCACUUCACAGUGGCCCAGAAUGAGUAUUUCGACAGAGUUUUCACAGAGAGGAUGAGUGACUUCCCUGUCAGCUUCACCUGGGACAUGUAG